AGAUCUCGCCAGGAGAUGACAUUCUUUCCUGUGCUCUAACAUUUCUGAUUGGGUCGUCGACCAUCGGCAGAAUGCUGCCGCGUGGACUGCCAUUAACGUUUCUUCUUGUGCAGUUGUCUCAUCAUAUCGUUUGGGCUGCGUUGGAGAAUACAAGAAUGUUUGACAAACUGGAAAAUGUCACGCAGACCAUAUCGAGAAUACUCGACGGCUAUGACAUUCGAUUGAGGCCGAAUUUUGGCGGAGAGCCACUAUUAGUUGGUAUGGAUUUAACUAUAGCGAGUUUCGAUGCUAUUUCGGAAGUCAAUAUGGAUUACACUAUAACAAUGUAUUUAAAUCAAUAUUGGAAAGACGAAAGACUCGCCUUUUCGCAAGAGGAGGAAAUCUUGACACUGAGUGGUGAUUUUGCAGAAAAGAUUUGGGUCCCGGAUACUUUCUUUGCCAACGAUAAGAACAGCUUUUUGCACGACGUAACUGAACGCAAUAAACUCGUCAGACUCUCCGGCGACGGUUCCAUCACUUAUGGCAUGAGAUUCACAACGACAUUGGCCUGCAUGAUGGAUCUGCACUACUAUCCUCUCGAUUCGCAGAAUUGCACCGUAGAGAUCGAGAGCUACGGUUACACGGUACUCGACGUAGUAAUGUAUUGGAAAGAUACUCCUGUUCGAGGAGUGGAGGAAGCGGAAUUGCCGCAAUUUACAAUAAUCGGUUACGAAACGAACGACCGGAAAGAGAAAUUGGCUACCGGUAUUUAUCAAAGGUUAUCGCUCAGCUUUAAACUCCAACGGAAUAUCGGUUACUUCGUGUUCCAGACCUAUCUUCCGAGCAUACUCAUCGUAAUGCUUAGUUGGGUCAGUUUCUGGAUCAAUCACGAAGCGACCAGCGCAAGAGUGGCCUUGGGUAUCACAACUGUUCUCACGAUGACCACAAUUUCAACUGGUGUGAGAAGCUCCUUGCCACGAAUCAGUUAUGUCAAAGCUAUCGACAUAUAUCUGGUGAUGUGUUUUGUUUUCGUUUUUGCUGCGUUACUAGAGUACGCGGCAGUCAAUUACACGUAUUGGGGUGCAAGAGCUAAAAAAAAAAGCAAAAAGAAGGAUAACGAGGAACAGAAAGUUCUUACUUCGAAAACUGGAAGCAAAGCUACCUCACCUUUUCCUGGUUCGACUGAUGCUGAUAUUAUUGAGCUGCAGGAUAUAAGAAUGUCGCCAUUGCCAAGCAUUAGAAAUAGAUCAGGUUUAAUUAGUGGUUCUUCGACACCUGGCCUUGGAAAACAUCAUGAUCCAGUCAAAUUUCCACCCAGUUUUCGUAUCUCAAGAACAGUCGCCUAUAAUACACAUGGUAGAAACAGUGGGCUCAGAUAUAGAGGCCCGAAACAAAAUAAACCUAAGGUACUACACGCUAUCCGUAGAGGUGCAUCGGUAUUACGCGUGUCCAUGCCAAAAAUCAAAGACGUUAACGUGAUCGACAAAUACUCGAGAAUCAUAUUUCCUGUCAGUUUCAUGCUGUUCAACGCGAUAUAUUGGAUCUUUUAUUUUGUUUGAAUGAUAUAAAGAAACGCAGAUAUAAAAAAAAACAAAUUGAAUUAUCACGAUUUCAUGUGUAUAUACAUACAGAGAGAAAGAUAGAAAAGGAAAAAGAGAGAGAGAGAGAGAAAGAGAGAGAGAGAGAGAGGGGGAGAGAGAGAAAAAGAGGGAGAAAAUGUUUUAAGCGUUUAUAUGGGACAUUGUGAGAGAGACAGAGAUGAGAACUGUCUCGGAUUUAUGAGAGAAGCAAUAUAUGGGGAUCGAUUGAUCCGCUCUUCGUACUGAAAUUAAUAACUACUAUAACGGAAACAAAAAGGAAAAGGAGGAAAAAAAGAAAAAAAGAAAAAAGAAAAGGAAAGAAAAACAAAAAGAUGGAAAAAAUAUUUUACGAACGUUCGAGUGUCCUCAAUCGAAAGCUGCCAUAAUUACUUAUCAAGUUACGUAAGUGGUGUUAAAGACUUUGAUCGCAAAUAAAUAUUAUUAUAGCUAAAUUCUUAAUUAUAAAAUCAUAUGAUCUUUUGAGAGAUAUUACGUAUGAAUGAGGAUACGAUAUUUAAACGUAAUUAUUAUUAUUAUCAUUAUUAUUAUCGUGAUACAGAUGAAUUAUUAAUUUUAAUCGGAGACAAAUAUGACGUAAACAAGAAGAAUAUUCAAAUUAAGAGCAAAAAAAGAA